AUGAGCGGAAGCACCACCUCAAUAAGCUCCAUGACGAGCUUCGUGCCCGUGCCAGAGCAGCGCGCAGCUUUGGCCACGGCGGAGCUGAGCUACGCCCUGCGCUCCAAGCUCGCCUGCGUGCUCGGACGAGUUUCCCAGAUAUUCAACGGCCAUCACGCAAAUAUCAGCCUGCUCCAGGUCUGGUUCCCCGACGCAGCGGGGAGCCGCGCGUCCAAGGACGCGCUGCAGGCUGAGUACCACGCCGACUGCGAGCUGGUGGUCAUGGCAGACCCCUGCUUCGACGGCUUCAGGACCGCCAGUGCCCAGUGCCACGACUGCGGCCGCCUCUCCAUGCCCGGCCGCGUCUUCCGCAGCGGCCACGUCCAGGUCGUCCAGAACUUGCGCGUGCUGCCCUCGUGCCUGCACCCGCGCAGCCGCCUCGACGGCGCGCUCGCGGACCGCGUGGCCGAGGCGCUGUACCUGCCAGUCUAUGACCGCGAGCGCCCCGAGUCCGGCCCCGCGGCCGUGCUGGAGGCGCUGCUGUGCGCGCGCGACGGGGACUGA